AUGCUACAUUCAGCCUCUGAAACCCCAACCCAACUGCUACGUUUAGCCGCCAAACGGGACGAUCCCAAGACUCAACUGCCCUCGAAGCAGACGAGAGACUCUCUCUGCGGUCUCGGAGCCUUCAACAAGCCUUUCACGAUUCAAGCACAUUCAGAAUCGCCUUACAAGAAUAAGCCCGUCAUUUUCAGACCGGUACGAGUGAUUGGGCGUUCACAGCUGCCUUUGACCUUCCUCGACAUUUCCGAUGACGAGAACUUCGCCCCAAAUAGCCUCUUCACCGCUCAAAUCGAUAUAUUAGAAGACAGAGAGCAUGGCAAUCAAGAACAUGCAGUCCCCAAGAUACUCGUUGCACGGUUCGAGGCGAAGAACACACUAUACGCCAUAGAGCGGGUACAGCCACGCAUCUAUAGUAUAUGUAGGCUUGCGAAUUGGCUUAAGGAGAAAGACGUCACAGACUUGUGGGAUCCUACAAAUCUGAAGGUGCUGCCAACACGCCCGAGAACGGAGGCGAGUGCGGCUGGACGAGGAGAAUGGUGGCAGCAAGCCGCGGUAGAGACGCACAUUGUGGAACUACCAGCGAAACGAGCGCGGAUGACGAUGAUACGACCGAAAUUACGACCAGAGACAACGAUGGAGCAUGCACAACAGCCAGACAUGGCUCCGGAAGCUUCAGGAACCGAGCAUUUGGACACGAUCCCCACCGAGCUCCCUCUAGAGCUCAUGCCGGACGCGCCAUCGCCGCAAGAACAACUCGAUCUCUUGGUUCAACACUACUUGGACGCAGUCUACAUGUCUAAGACCUCACUGGCAUAUCUUGCAAAGGGCCCGAUCACUCGGAUACGGAACACGUUCACCUCGGCUGAAGAGGGAGCGCCAGCUACACAUGAACUCGUCGCGUUCUUAAGGACUAUGUUGCUGAGUCCCAAAGCUAGCGAGAAGAAGUAUCACGACAAACUACCAUCGUUGAUCAAAGAAAUUCCACCCGGAAGCUAUUCGGAUGAUGAGCACGCUGCAGGCGCCAGCAAGCCGAAGAAGUCAAAGAAAAAGGUGAAGCUCAGUCGAGAGGGCGUAUACCCGCAAGAAGAGGCGUUGGUCAAGAAAUGGUGGCAGUCCGAAUUGCCAAGUGGCGACAGUAUGGCUACAGAGACUCUAGAUCAGCGCAUCAAGAGGCGUAUCGGAGAUCUCCGGGUCCGCGAGACGCUCGCUCAGCUGAUUCUUAUGCUUGAGAUCGUCGCACUGGAAGCUCUUUCUACAAGUAAACCACUAGAGCAGCAAACCACUGCCGACGGAGCCCAGACUCAGAGCGAGCCGAAGAAGCGCAAGAAGAAACUCGACGACAUUAACCUUCAACUCGAUUUACUGCUGGACAAGCUAUGCAUCUGGCAUGCUACUGAAGAAUUAGGCAUAUUGGACUUUGAUGCAAAGCCAUCAAGACAUGAUGGAUCCGACGGAUCUGGAAGGAACGGUUCUAGUGAUCGCUUACACAGUUUCUGUGUUGAAGUCAUAAUCCCCUUCUACAUCAACCGACUACCUGAGCAGGCGCUCGUGGUCAACAAGAAGCUUGGUGGGCCCACGCAUAGCUUGCCAACCAAACGAAAGGCAGUGAGACCGCCACUCACCUCACGCAAAUCCGGAAGUUCAAAGGAACCUGACGUGAAGAAGUCACGACGCUCAUUAGCCCGUGUUGCCACAGACAAUACGGGACGGACCAUUGAGCGAACAACACCUUCUCUGAGCCGAUGUGCCACCGAUUCGGCACUUCUAGACGGCAUCAAACGAGAGGGUAGUGAGGUCCCUCUUUCAGCCAUACCUUUUCGACGGAGCCCGUCCAAAAGCGCUCGGCAAUCGAUGUCCCAGAUCCGGCAUCUGCAGGGCCGUCAAAUUGAUCUCGCUCAGCCUUCGGCUGCUGCAUCAGCUAAGAUAAAGCACAAGCAGCGAGUCGAAGAGGAUCUUCAAGAGGCUAUAUUAGCGUUGAAGAAGCCCAAUCGUGGACUAGCCGCUGGUGGCUACGUUGCCGACAUCGAGCAACGUGGUCUGGGCUUGCCCAACAAGUCGAGAAAGCCAACGGUUACCGUAAGAAAGACUAUCAAGGACGUUCAGGUAUCUGCAACGCCUCGGGUUGGCAAGAGGACGAAGAAUAUGGUUGAGCAGACGCCGACCCACUAUCACUAUGACCCGUUUGUUAGGUCUCCCGGCGCGGAAGUGCCUUCUUCCAGCGGACUCUGCGUGCCGUCUUCAGGAGUGCGUCCACCAGCUGCGAUGGUGCCGGCAACGGGCCACCGCCACACGACGGCUCGAAAUCUAGCGCAGUCGGGCAUUGCCGAGACACCGUCCAAGGCGCCAAAUAGCCAACCCUUCUCGACAGAUUCAGUCCGGAGGAAGAUCUUCGCAACGCCAUUGAAGGCGGCGACGUCGUCUUCUUCGGGCGGCAGAGAUUUCGCGCAGUCGCAUGUGUUCGAGACUCCUGUCAAAGCUCGAGGCAUUUCACCUCAUGACGAUACCGACUUUGCACUUCCUGCGCUUUUUGCUACACCCACCAAACCUGUGUCUGCCCCAGAAAGCGGGGUCGCUCCAGCGGCACUCGCUGCAUCGAACAACAAUGAUGCCGAAGCGUCGAUAUACGAUGCCCUUGGAUGGAACGACGAUGAUAAUGGCUUCUGA